GGAAUGAUAAUAAAGAAUGUAAAUAGAGGAAUGAGAAUUUAGAAAACACGAACUGUAUAUUUGGAUGAGUGGACUAAACAUUCAAUCCAAAAAAUCUAGGGUUUUCCUGAUUUUGUUAAAGUACUACAGAAUCCUAACAAGAACUGAAGUAGUUCAAGAAACCAAAAUAUAGAAAGAAUAACGGGUCGUAAUUUAAACCAAUAGAAUAAGAGUAUAAUAUGGGAAGUAAUCGAUCGGGCCCACUUUUGUGCGGGUUCAUGGGCCCAAAGAGUAAAUUGGACCCCACCUCACAACCGAUCCAUGCGUCCCCACUCCGUUCCCGGGGGAGGGAGACUGUGUUAUGUAUGUGUGUGCGCACUUCUUUUUCAUUUUUAAAUUUGUUAAUUCCUCAUCGGUUUCUCCCUCUGUUCAUUCCUCACCAGUCAGCUCUCAGCUCUCUUCUCAAACCCUAAAAUCUUCCUCCGAUUGAAACCCUCGAAACUACCUUCUCUUCUCCCCUUUCUCUCCUUCCUCUUCUCAAUCCAAAGCACAGUUUUUUUUCAACUAUGGGAUCCGACAUCGUUCUACACAAAUUCCCCUCUUCUUCCGACCCCCAUUCUCAGCCCCCCACCGCUUCUCACUCUGUCGUCGGCAGUAACUCCUCUCCGGUCACCAUCACGCGCCAAUCCCUCCUCCCUCGCAAGUCAAAUACCCCCUUAUCCUCCUCUUCUUCCAAGGAUCGCCACAUCAAGGUCAACGGAAGAGGGCGCCGCGUCCGUAUGCCCGCCCUCUGUGCUGCUCGCAUCUUUCAGUUAACGCGUGAACUUGGUCAUCGUUCCGAGGGUGAAACCAUCGAGUGGCUUCUCCGUCAGGCUGAACCUUCCAUCAUUGCCGCCACGGGUACUGGUACAGUUCCUUCUGGUCCGAUCUCCACUGUCUCCUCUGCUAUGGCUUCUUCCGGUCGGUCUGUUUCUUGUAGGGUUCAGCCAGUGACGGUGGGCGGCAGUGGACAGGGGAUGUUCGCUAUGCCACCGCCUAGUUGCCGUCUGGAUUUAUGCCAGCCGGUCGGGAUGGAGUACUCUGCUGCUGGGAAUGAUUACCGCCACAUGCCGUUCACAGCGCUGUUGUUGCAGCCGUCGACGGCGGAGGAGACGGAGGAGAGACAGGAGGAGGAGGUUUUUAGAGAAUAAUGGAAAAUUGAAAGGAUCAAAACAGACACAGAUAGGAGUCUAAAAUUGCAGUAUGGAGAUUUUUUUUACCCUUUUUUCAGCUCUUCUUCGUACUCCUUCCUCUCGUCCUGUUCAUGACUGGAAUUUGUAAAGGGAAGAAGAAACUGUAAAACCUUCUACUGCUAUGGAAAUUCGAUUUUUUUC